CCGCGUGUGCUGAUUCGACCCUUUUCUUGCUUCUUUUGUCGAGCGACGGACUCGGUCUCGGUGUCGCUCUUGCUGACAGCUUCCUUGAAGCUGGCGGUCAAUCGGUUGUCGCUCGGUCGUGCAUUUGCGGCUCCCUCUUUGGCGCGAGCAUUCUCGUUUCAUUGCAGAUUGUGGGGUUUUCAACGAAAACGUCGAAGAAAUCGGGGCUUUGGAGGAUUGCAGCCAAUUGGAGGGAGCUCAUACAUUGCCGUCGCCGUUGGUGGCGUCAGUUUAUCCAUUUCCGCGUGUGUUUUUCUCGUUCGAGUGUGCUGGUUGUUGUUCUCUUCGCUCUCCGCGAGCGUCGAUUCUAGUUUCUGGAAGGUAGCCUUUGGUUUGGGCUAUGAUUGUGGAGUGGUGGUGCCAUUGGGCCUUCUUGCUUGCACCUGGGGAUUGAGUUCUGUUCUGAGUGUUGUAUAAAUCUCAUCUUAAGAAAUCUGCAAAGCACGGGGAUCAAUUUUAGCUCUGUAGUUUCUCGAAGUUCCUUGUCUGCUGGGAUGUAACGUUUGAAGCUGAUUAUGUAGUUGUUCAGCCUGAGACUAGUUUACCAUUUCGUCCACCUAGGUUUGCAGCAACAGAACCGGAAUUUUUACGUUCCAUGGUGUUAGCAUGCUCGCAAACGGCUGGGGUGACAGUCAGGUUUCAACUUUGAGUGGCACCGCUGUACAUUCGACGAGACGUUGCUACACUCAGAUCGGAGAGGCAGAUUCACCACAUUCCCUGUUAUUGGCAACCCGAGAAAAGCUGAAUGCCCUAUGGUUCCGUAGAAAGCCAGAGAGACCGUGUUAGCCUUGGUUACUUCAGGUAUGGGACACGAAGUUGGAAAAGCGAAGUGCAAAUUAGAUUUUUGGACAGGGACUAUGAGAGCAAUUGGCAGCGCUUUUGAAGUCCUAAUGUGGGAAGCACAGGCUGCGAUGAUAGGGCCAAAAAGAUUGGAGCAAGUGAAAAUCAGAUCUGAUCUCUGAUUCCUGCCCGAACUUUUCUCUCGGGAACCGUAUGUUCGGGGUUUGGAUACACGACUGGAGGUUACAUUCCAGACUGACGUUAGUCCCCUCGAUUACAAGAAGAGCAAGAUGGGGAAGCACCCUGCCUCAUGUACAGCGUGUCCAGAAUUUAACUACCCGCACUAACCUUAACCACAGCCGAGAACCAAGUUUCAACAUGAAUUUCAAACCGGUUUCCUGUCUGCACAUACCUUGAUUCAAAUGCCCAGAGCUGCCAAUAUUUUGACCUAUACUUUGCUGGGGUACGGAGACUGUAGAUGGAUGACUGAGUGAAGAAUCUUCUGGCUGACAACAGGAAAGUCUAAGCGGACCUCGUAUCCUACUGAAAGACUCCCAUUUUCUCUCACAAGUCAUCCUCACUUUUUCCUCCUUUGUUCACUCGUUACUUAGUUUGUUCUUGUUCAUCAUUUGUAACUCGAACGUCAGGGAGGGGUUAUAUAUAGUUCUCAGGCUCAGAGGCUAAAAAAUAAUUUCAAUUGAAUGUUUUGUCGUUCAUUUGCUCAGUGCUCAUUUCUGUUCAUGCCGGUCUCAGUUUGUAUCAGUUUUGUCGUUCAAGCGACCUCUCUGUUUCCUUAUUUUGAACCCAACGAGCCGGGAGCCGGUAAUGCUAAAUACAAUUGAUGGUUUUUUAGCAGCGUGCCGCAAUUAUUUCAUUCUCUGAGUUCUCGUUUUCCACUCACUCGUGGGCUGGGUGAGCAGUUUGAUUAGAUGUUCCCAUCGAAAGGUCUAACUUGAUCUCGUUUCUGCUGACGUCAGAGUGGAUUUUUUUUUCUGUGAGUAGCCUCUCACUCCUUAUUUCGUGGGAGUGCUAGUGCACAAUGGCUGUGAUUGAGCACAGUGAAUUCUCUGCGCAGAGUGCACCCACCUUGCUCAGAGAGUUGUAUGCCCUGUAGAAGAAUUGUCUUACGUAAAUCUAGCGUAUAUUCACUUCAUUCAUUUUUAACUUUUGGUUUGGAUAAACCUACCCAAAUACGACAUCGUCUUAAUUAAUUUGAGGAAAUAGUCGGCGGAGGGGAUCCCACGGCAGGCUGUAUUUCUUGUGGUUCUGUAAUGGAAUUUUCUUGUUAAAGAUAAGGUUUUUGAAAGU